AUGGAUGAUGAUGUGUUGCUGGCUAUCCGCUUACAGGAGCAGUACGACCAGGAAGCGGAGGAGCAGGCAUGGCGCCUCUCAGGAGACUGUUGGUGCUGUAGAUCGGCCCAGAGAUCUGUCCAUAGUGGACCCGACCUGGGAAUUGCUGGACCCCAGCCCGGAUAUCCAUGCCUUGUUCCUUCAGUUCAAUCAGAUGUUCUUCUGGGGGAAGCUGGUCGGGGUGGAGGUCAGGUGGAGCCCUAAAAUGACGCUAUGUGCAGGAGUUUGCGCCUAUGAAGGAAGGGGAGGCUUGUGUUCUAUACGUCUCAGUAAACCUCUGUUGUCAUUUAGACCAAGAAAAGAUCUUGUAGAGACAUUACUCCAUGAAAUGAUCCAUGCUCUUCUGUUUGUCACACACAACAACAAAGAUCGGGAUUCUCAUGGUCCAGAAUUCCUCAAACAUAUGAAUCGAAUCAAUAGUCUUACUGGUGCCAAGAUAUCUGUGUAUCACAGUUUUCAUGAUGAAGUAGAUGAAUACAGAAAACACUGGUGGAGGUGUAAUGGCUCCUGCCAACACAGAAAGCCAUAUUUUGGAUAUGUGAAACGCGCAAUGAACCGAGCACCAUCUGCACAUGAUCCCUGGUGGGCUGACCAUCAAAGAACUUGUGGGGGAACUUUCACAAAGGUGAAAGAACCAGAGUCCACUUCUAAUAAAGACAAGAAAAAGGAGAAUGUUUCUGAAAGUGAGGCCAAGAACAUGACAAAAGGAAAAAGUGAGGCAAUUGAUAUUCGUACAUUUAUGCCUUUUAGUGGUAAAGGUUACAAGCUUGGUGAAUCCAGUCAAUCUAUUCAAAAUGAGAAAGUCCAGAAUGUUAUUCCUUUUUCACCUAAACUAUCUAAGCCUGUGCCAAAGAAUCCUAUCAAUGGAAUCCUCAACUUUACUACAUCAUCAUCAAAUAAAACUGAGAACAAAGUUUCCUUUUCCAAGGUGCCUAAAAUAUCAGUUGCCAACACCAAAAUGUUCCUUAAUGUUGGUGGCUCUCCAGUAAAGCUGCAUUUUAAUAGCAGGAAUGUAGCGUCAUCAGUGACUCAAAGUGGAAAUUCUACUAAUAUGACACAGAAGAGGAUUUCAUCUGAAAUGCUAUCCCCAUCACAGAGUAUACCAUCUACAUCACAGGGAACAAGCGGAGAAGGAAAUUAUGGGCAAGCUCCUAAAAGGCCCAGGAUGGAUAGCAGUCAAGGAAUUAAGCACUUUUUUCAUAAUGUAUCAGGAGUAAGCACUACUGGCAAUAAACCAACAAUAAAUAGGCCUUUUGACCAGCAGAGACCUACUAACCAAACCAUCUCCAGCAGCCAGAAUAAGAAGGUGAACUGUCCUGCAUGCAAUGCUGAGGUUCCCGAAGUCAAUAUAAAUGACCACUUAGACUCUUGUCUAUCAUAA